AGUCAUGUUUAAACCUUCAGCUGUUUGAGUUUAGUAAAUUAACUCUUAAAACGAAAGAGAAAUUCUGAUUGCAAUUCUGUGAAGUUCCAUUGUUAAUUCUUUGAUAAAGAACAAUCAAUUUGACGACACUAAAAAUUAUCUGAAACAAGAUCAAAGGAUGAAAAUAAUUCAACUCAACUUUUUAAUACUUGUAAAGAUCAUCAUCGUCGUGAAAUCAAUAGAUCCAAAUUGUAACACACAUGAUGGUUUGUGGGGUGUAUGCAUAGAAGCUUCAAGAUGUCAAAGUUUGAUGAAACUUUACAGAAAAGAUCCAACUUCCCAACAUGCCAUCAAUAUUUUAACUGCAAACCGGGAAAAUUGUGGAAACAAAAGAAUUGGAAGAUACUCUUUAAUAUGUUGUAGCGAUGAUGUGUCACAACUAGUUACUACAACUACUCCCCCAUUAAUGCCUGAAUCAUUAGGAAACGCUUGUAGAACACCCGAUGACAAAAACGGUUACUGUACUAACGUAAGAAAGUGUCAAUCAGUUUUGACAACCUUCAUUCAAAGACAAAAAGAUCCUGAAUACAUUCAAUAUAUUCGUCAAUCAAACGCUAAUUGUAAUUAUGCAUUACAUUCAAUUUGUUGUCCUAUCCCCGAUCGAAGAAAUAAUUCAAUCAAUGCGACACUUUUGAUGCCUUCAGAACGUUGUGGCGUUUCGGAAACUCGUCAUGAUCGUAUCAUUGGAGGUGUUCCAGCGGAUAAAGAUUAUAUUAAUUACUUUAGAUGGCCGUGGAUGGCAUUAGUUGGUUACACAAGUUCCAUUGGUGAAGUUUCAUUCAAAUGUGGAGGUUCAAUUAUCACAAAACGUCAUAUAUUGACAGCCGCUCAUUGUAUUCGCAAAGAUUUAACCACAGUGAGAUUAGGUGAACAUGACUUAUCCACUGAUAGUGAAGCUGAACACGUAGAUAUUCCAGUUACAAAUAUCAUUAAAUACCCAAAAUAUGAUAAGAGAGACGGUCGUGGCGAUUUAGCAAUUUUAGUUCUUGCUGAUGACAUUCAAUUCACCUCAUUUAUUUCUCCUAUUUGCAUUCCAUUUACUGAGCCAGAAAAGUCAAGAGAUUAUGUUGGUUACACUCCAUUUGUUGCUGGUUGGGGAAGAACACAAGAAGGUGGAAAAUCAGCAAAUGUUCUCCAACAGCUUCAGCUUCCUGUAGUUUCAAAUCAACAAUGCAGAGCAAAUUACGAAGCUAUUGGGAGGGUUUUUGAUGACAAACAAUUUGACGAUGCUGUAAUGUGUGCUGGAUAUGACGAAGGUGGAAAAGGUGAAAACUGUUACACAAACGAUAAUUAUUUGGGUGUUUGCGUUGAACUUCCUAGAUGUCGAAGUUUAAUUCAGCUUUACAGAAGAGAUCAAUCUCAACAGACGAUCAAUAUUUUAAUUUCCAAUCAAAGAAAUUGUGGUAACAGAAGAGUUGGAAGGAAUCCCUUAAUGUGCUGUAGUGAUGGCGUACCACAAGCUACAACUACUCCACCAACUCCCCCACCAACUGCUCCACCUACAUCUGCACCACUAGGAGACGCAUGUAACACGCCCGAUAACAUAUAUGGCUAUUGUAUUGACGUAAGAAAGUGUCAAUCAGUUUUGACAACCUUCAUUCAAAGACAAAAAGAUCCUGAAUACAUUCAAUAUAUUCGUCAAUCAAACGCCAAUUGUAAUUACGCAUCACAAUCAAUUUGUUGUCCGAGAGACAAUGCCAAUCCUACAACAUCACGUCCUGUUCAGCCAGUACAACGACCUGAUGAAACUCAACCAGCGCAGCCAAAUUCAGCGGUUUCUUCACGGUUAUUAUUACCUUCAGAAGGCUGCGGAAUUUCAAAAGUUCCCCAUAAUCGGGUUGUUGGAGGCGUUCCAGCGAAGAAAGGUGAAUGGCCGUGGAUGGCAUUAGUUGGUUACACAAGUUCCAUUGGUGAAGUUUCAUUCAAAUGUGGAGGUUCAAUUAUCACAAAACGUCAUAUAUUGACAGCCGCUCAUUGUAUUCGCAAAGAUUUAACCACAGUGAGAUUAGGAGAACAUGACUUAUCCACUGAUAGUGAAGCUGAACACGUUGAUAUUCCAGUUACAAACAUCAUUCAAUAUCCAAAAUAUGAAAAGAAAUACGGUCAUGGCGAUUUAGCAAUUUUAGUUCUUGGUGAUGACAUUCAAUUCACCUCACUUAUCUCUCCUAUUUGUAUUCCAUUUACUGAGCCAGAAAAAUCAAAGGAUUAUGUUGGCUACACUCCAUUUGUUGCUGGUUGGGGAAGAACACAAGAAGGUGGAAAAUCUGCAAACGUUCUUCAAGAACUUCAACUUCCAGUCAUCUCGAAUCAACAAUGCAAAGCAAAUUACGAAGCUAUUGGAAAGUUCAUUGAUGAGAAGCAAUUUGACGAUGCUGUAAUGUGUGCUGGAUAUAAUGAAGGAGAGAUUGAAGCUUGUAGUCAAAUACUUCAAAGCAUCUUACAAAUAUGCGAAAACCUCAUCAAAAUGCAUAAAAAUUCGAGCGAUGGAAAUUUAUAUUCAAAAGAAUAUUCUCAUGAUAAUUUGAUUACGAGAAACGCCAAGGUCAUUAGUCAAGUUGGCUUUUAUGGUCGUGCGAUAGGCUUUCAAUAUUGUGAUUCGAUGAAACCGAUUCUAAGAUUCCUCGCAGUAUCAAUGGCAAGCUUUUCUGAACAAUAUUUUUCAAAUGGCAAUAAGCUUUUGCGAUCAACAAAUUCCCUGUUCGCACAUAGCAAAUAUUUCUUAGACCCAGAAAAUUGUGCUCAAAGAAUUGUCAACAUUAGUCACAAUGCUGAUAUAAACUUCUGUAAGUCUUAUUGGUUCUUAGCUGAAGGCAAAUUAAUGCAUUCGCUUCCUGGAAUUGUUGGAUACAAAGUUGAUGUCAACAAAGUUUUUAAAAUUCCCCCUGAGCCAUUACAGAUUUACAGUGAAAAACAUAAUAAAAAUAUUGAUAUUCCACUUCCAACUAGUCAUAUUGGACUUGGUUCGGUGUCUUGUCGAUUGUUAAGUGCAAAACGUAGGCAAGGAAUGGUUGGUGAAAAGUCAUUCUCGGAAAAUUCAUUAGAACCAUCAAAAUAUUUAAUAAUUCAUAGUCAUGGAGGUGGCUGGGUGGCGCAAAGCUCAAAGUCUCAUGAAUUUUAUCUCAGAGAAUGGGCUGUUAAAAUGGAUAUUCCGAUACUUUCGAUUGAUUACAGUCUAGCACCAGAAGCUCCAUUUCCAAGAGGAUUGGAAGAAGUUUUUUACACAUAUUGUUGGAUAUUGAAAAACGUGGAACUUCUUGGCUCAACUGGUGAACAUAUCGUCUUCGCUGGCGAUUCAGCUGGUGGUAAUCUCAAUACAGCUUGUAUUGUAAAAUGUAUCGAUAUGGGAAUACGAACACCAAAGGGAAUAUUUAACGCUUAUUCGCCAUUCCUGGUGAAUUUCGCAUCUACCCCAGCUAGAUUUUUAAGUUUUGUUGAUCCACUUUUACCUUAUGGAUUCAUUAUGCGAGUUUUUAAAAGUUAUGGAGCUUCUAAAGCUGACGAGAACAUACAAAAUGUUCCGCUGUCUAAAAAUAAUAAAAUCCAUCAUGAGUUGGUUGAAGAGGUCCGUGAUGACAAUCAAGAUGAGAACGCUUUGAUAUCAUCUGACAGUAGCAAAACACUUGAAGCAAUGUGGCAAAAAAUUAAAAAUAACACAGAAGAAAAUGAGUGGCAAACAAAUUUGGGUUCUAUAAGAGAAACUCCAUCAGAAGAACCAACUUCACCAUUCCUGUUUCCUCAAGUUGAGAAUGAUGAUGAUGAUGCUUUGGAAAUGAAGAUUUCAUCACGACCACAAGAGCAGAAAAAAGAUGAAACAAUGUCAGGGUUUUUGGAAAAGGUUGAACAUGGAACAAUAGAAGAAUCAAAACCUAGAGACCGAAUAGGAUCACGUACAUUAAGUGAAGAUAACAUUGUCAUAGAUGCUUUGAGCCUUCAAAAUUUCCAGGAAAGGUUCCAGAAAGCGACAAGUACUUUUGUGAAUGCAAUCACUACACCUUUUAAGCCAACAAACGAAAGUUCAUUGAAAACGAUCCCUAAGUUACAAAAUAAUUUGAUUCCUCAAGCACCUGAUGACGAAUUCGUCUUCACAGUUCCAAAAAAUCCUUAUCUUUCACCUUAUUUAGCUUCCGAUGAUAUUCUCAAGCAAUUUCCACCGACCAGAAUACUAACAACUAUUGUCGAUCCAUGUCUAGACGAUUGUGUUGAGUUUAGUAAAAAGUUACGAAAUCUUAAUGUUGAUAUUAAACUGGAUAUUGUUGAAGGCGUUAAUCACGGUUUUCUUAAUUUCGCUCAGCAAGUUGUAGUUGAAAUAAAGAACAAUGAAGAAUAUUUCAGCAAAUAUAUUGAAUUAAUUAAAGUGAUUACAGACAAUUUGAAAUUUUUUGUAAGCAAUGGCGAAGGUAACGACACUUUCGAGAUAAGCCAAAGUUUUCAACAACUUUUAGAUCAAACAACAAAUAUUCAAACAGUGUUGCAAAAGAUUAAUAGCUUCGCGAGUGAAUACGAUCUUGAUAAAGACACACCGGGAAAUGGUUAUCGAAGUUUCACUCUUGUAGUUCAGUCGGCAGAGUUAUCAACAAUCGAAAUUUGUAAAAAUGUCAAGGACAAUCGUGAAAAAGUUUUCGCCAAAAUAGAUUUUUAUAUCGAAGAAAUAUUGACUUACAAUAAUAUUUUCAAAAAUUUGAACAUCAUUGGCGAAAGUCUCAUCAAAAGUCACAAUGAAAAGUCGGGAAGAAAAAAUCUCUUCUCAGAAGUUGGUGAAUUUAAAAACACAAUCAGAGAGACGGUUGAUAAAAUCGACCAAACUGCUUUCUACGGCCGAGCUAUCGCUUUUCAUUUGCCACAAUCUUUGCAGCCUUUGAUAAAACAAAUUGCUGCAUUUACUUCAGCUUACUCGGAAGUUUUCUACUCAAAUGAAAACACCUUCAUGAAAUAUGUGCGUUUUCCGCAAUUAUUCUUCAAAUAUCUUCUCAACGCAGAUUUAUCAGCUCAACGCAUCGUUGAAGUUUAUGAAAAUUAUGGACUUGAUAUGGGAAGGUCAAUGUUUUUGUUAUCGGAAACAAGAUUGUACGGAAUUUAUCAGGAAUUCAGUGAACCAUCAAUUCAAGUGAACAGAGUCUUCCAAAUUCAACCUGAACCAUUACAGAUUUUCAGUACAACUAAGAAAUCUUUGAUUGACAUAAAAGUUCCUUCGAGUCACAUUGAAACUAAACCGAUUAAUGUUCGCGUUUUCAGCUCUCGUUAUCGUAAAGGCAUGCAAAUUCCCAAAAAAAGCAAAGAAUCAGCAGAUGAGAUUACAAAAUAUUUAAUUAUUCACGCACAUGGCGGUGGUUGGUUUACCCAAAGUUCAAAAUUUCAUGGUUCCUAUUUGAAAGAAUGGGCUUUGAAGUUAAAUGUUCCAAUUGUUUCAAUUGAUUUUACAUCAUCAGUGAAAGCGCCUUUCCCACGCGCACUCGAAGAAAUUUUUUAUGCUUAUUGUUGGAUUUUAAAAAACUCAGAAAUGUUUGGAUCAACUGGCGAAGAUAUUGUCUUGGUUGGUGACUCAGCUGGAGCAAACUUGAUGACUGCAUGCACCAUCAAAUGCAUUGAAACGGGUGUACAAAUACCAAAGGGAUUAUUCAGUAUUUAUGGAGUUUUUCUGGCGAACUACAUGAACACGCCUUCGAGAUUCCUGUGCACACUUGAUGUGAUACUUCCUUACAUGCUCUACAUGAGAAUAUUCUAUGCAUACAAUGGAAUUAUGCGAGAAAAAGAUGUUGUGAUUAAAAAUGGACAAAUUCCAAAAGCACCGGCUGAUGAGUUUGACGAAAAGUUAUCCGACGAUUUUCUCAUUUCCCCUCAUUACGUUCCUGAAGAAAUUUUAAAGAAAUUCCCAAAGACAAACUUGUUGACGACAACAUUUGAUCCAUGUUUGGAUGAAAGUGUGGAGUUUGCAAAGAGAUUGAAGAAAGCGGGAAUUGAUUUUCACUUGGAUAUUCUCGAUGGACUAAAUCACGGAUUUUUGAAUUUCUCACAGAUGAGUACUUUGAACAUAGAAAAUGAUCGCAUCGAUGAAUUAAAUCAACUACUAACCGAUGCUAUUAAUUAUUUCAAUAAUAACGUCAAGCAUCAAACAUUAAAAUUUUGUUUAAACAAUCUUCAAAACUCUGUGAAAAAGUGUACAAAACUCGUUGAAGAAAUCGCGACAUUUGCACAUGAAUACGAUUUUGAUGAAGCUACACAAGGAAACGGAUACCGAAGCUUUCUCAAUGUUUUUUCAUCGGCCGUUAGAAAAACAACAAAAAUAAGCCAACAAUUGAUAAGAGAGAGGGAGAAUAUUCUGUUCCGUGCAGACAACUACGCAAAUGAUCUUUCAGAGUGGAAUGACAUCUUCACAGCGCUAUCGCAAGUCUGCGAAGCUCUGAUUGAAGUCCAUCAAAAAGAUGACGAGAGAAGUCUGUACAAUCAUUGCGAUACAUUUGACAGCAUCUUAACAAAAACGUCACAAAAUAUCAAUGAAAAGCCGUUUUAUGGUAAAAACAUUGGAUUUCAAUUUGUACCUUCCAUGCGGCCAAUUAUUAAGUUCAUUGUUGUUUCGAUGGCAAGUUAUUAUAGCUUCUACUUCAAGAGUAAGCCGAAGGCUCUAAAAGUUCUACGAUUUCCAAUUUCAUUCUCUAAGUAUCAUCUUCAUCCAUCGAAACGAGCUAAGAAGUAUCUACAUGCGAGCCAAAACUCAACAACUGAAUAUUGUCGUUCAUUUUGGUUCCUUCAAGAAGGAAAAAUAUUUCACACUGUUCCAAGUGCGAUGGCACGAAAGGUUGAGGUCAACAAGAUUUUUAAAAUUUUACCUGAGCCUUUACACAUUUUUAGUGAAAGGGACAAUAAAAUGGUUGAAAUACAACUUCCAACGAGCCAUAUAGGUUUAGCUCCAAUUUCAUGUCGUUUGAUGAGUGCAAAGAAACGUAAAGGGAUGUUUGGUAAAACCAAGGCAUCAUCAGCAGAACUUUCAAGGCAUUUGAUAUUCCAUGUUCAUGGAGGUGGUUGGGCUGCUCAAACAUCGAAAUCUCAUGAAACAUAUCUACGUGAAUGGGCAUCGAAAUUGGAUGUUCCAAUUUUAUCAGUUGAUUACAGUUUAGCGCCUGAAGCUCCAUUUCCCCGAGCCAUUGAAGAGAUUUUCUACGCCUACUGCUGGGCUUUACAAAAUCCAGAAUUUGUUGGUUCAACUGGUGAACAUAUUGUCUUUGUUGGUGACUCUGCUGGGGGAAACCUCAACACAGCUUGUGUCAUUCAAUGCAUUGAACAUGGGAUUCGACUACCUAAGGGUUUAUUUAACAUUUACGCUCCAUAUCUGGUUGCUUUCACCGUCGUACCGUCAAGGUUUUUAUCGUUGGUUGAUCCUAUCUUACCUUACGGUUUUACUACACGUCUUUUCAAAAGCUAUGGAGCAAAACAAGAAAAAGUGGACGCUAACUAUGUCAACGACACUGAGAAAAAUGUUAAAUCCAAAAAGAAGAAGGCGAAAAAACAAAGAAUCAUUUACGAAUCUUUAGCUCAUGAGUUUGAUGUUGAUGUACAUGACAGUCCUUUACUUUCCCCUUAUUUAGCAUCUGAUGAAAUUCUCUCUCAAUUUCCUACAACUCGGAUGUUAUCAACAAAUUUAGAUCCAUGCUUAGAUGACAGCAUUGAAUUAGGUAAGCGGUUGAAGAAGUUAAAUGUUGACGUCGGCGUUGAGAUUUUACACGGCUUAGCACAUGGUUUUUUGCACUUCACUCUAAUGUCAAAGGAUUGUCAUGAUGGUUCAAUGGCUUGUUUGAAGCACAUAAAGAAUCUUCUUGAAAUCGAAUAAAAUGAAUUCAAACAACGUGGAAUUGAUUCAUUAAAUUUAUAAAAUUUCGAUUCGAUAGCACUAGUGGAUGUAGUUUUUUGCAGUUUAAGAAAAAAAAGGGUAAUCUCAAUUAGCAAUGCAAUUUUACAUAAUAAAUGUUUAUUUUAUGUAUCCAUGUGAAAUGAAAUAAAAUGAAAAUUUUUAAAUAGUAACUCUUGUACCU